CGCGGCCGAGGCGGAAGAUGGCGGCGGCGAAGCGCAGCGUUCUCUCCUCGCUGGCGGUUUACGCUGAGGACUCGGACCCGGAGUCGGACAGCGAGGCCGGCACGGCGGGGAGCGACGGGGGAGCGCCCACGGGAGAGAAAGGAGGUCUGGUAUCAGUUGGGUACGGAGAGGAUGACUUUACCCGCCUGGAUGGGGACGAGGAAGGCUACGAAGAGGAGGACGAUGAGAACAGCAGGCAGUCAGAAGAUGACGAUUCAGAGACUGAAAAACCUGAGGCUGGUGACCUAAAGGAAUUCUCAGAAGUGGAGAAAAGAGAUCCUCAGGAGCUAGUUGCUUCUUUUUCAGAGAGAGUGCGGAACAUGUCUCCAGAUGAGAUCAAAAUCCCUCCUGAGCCUCCUGGCAGAUGUUCUAACCAAUUGCAGGAUAAAAUUCAAAAGCUGUAUGAGAGGAAAGUGAAAGAGGGCAUGGAUAUGAACUACAUUAUCCAGAGGAAAAAGGAAUUUCGCAAUCCCAGCAUCUAUGAAAAGCUGAUCCAGUUUUGUUCCAUUGAUGAACUUGGAACAAAUUAUCCAAAGGACAUGUUUGAUCCUCAUGGCUGGUCAGAGGAUUCAUAUUACGAGGCACUAGCUAAAGCCCAGAAGAUCGAGAUGGACAAACUGGAGAAGGCCAAGAAGGAACGCACAAAGAUUGAAUUUGUGACUGGCACUAAAAAGGGUACAACAACAACUGCUGCUUCCACAACCACCACAACAUCCAGCACCACUGGGGGAGAUGCCCAGAAGAGGAAGAGCAAGUGGGACUCUGCCAUCCCCGUGACAACGAUAGCUCAGCCCACCAUCCUCACCACCACUGCAACACUGCCAGGUGUUGUCACAGUGACAACCAGUGCCAGUGGCUCCAAAACCACGGUGAUCUCAGCUGUAGGCACCAUUGUGAAAAAGGCCAAGCAGUGACUGCUGUGCUGGGCCUGGAGUCUUGGACUUGUUUGUCACCAAAGCCAUUGUCCUUGGAAGGGAGGGGUGGAUUUCUCCUUUGGGAAAAGAUGACAAGAUUCUUUGAAGCAGCCCACAGUUCCCCUUUGGAAGGCUGGGGGCAGGAGCAGGAUGCCAGCUGUGUGCCCACAGGAAUGGACCUCUGCCCACCAUGCCUGUGGCUUUGCUUGCUGGGGGAAGACCCAGGCUGCCUGUGUUGUGCUGGAAGAAGAUGGCAUCUGGAAUCAGCUUGUAAAAGUUUGCUUAUUAAUUACUGCAUUGAGGUCUUACCUACCUGCAGGUUUGUUUUGGGGGGGAAAAAAAGAAACUCAAUUAAAAGGGCAAGAAGUGAAAGACUGUCAGUGUUACCCCUGUGUGUUGCAGGUGGUGCUCCAGGGCUGCCUGCAGCCUGUGUAGGUGCCUCCCUCCAGAGUCAGCUCAGCUCUGAGGGAGUUGAAGCAGAGACAACCACUCAGUGUCCACGUCCAGAUGUGUAGCAGAGACUUGAAGCAAACUCUGUGAGUGUAGGCUCACUCUUUGUUUUAGCACUGACAGCUGUACCCUGUGCUCUCUGUGUAGGUCUUUGUGACCACAUGUGAAACUGUGCAACUCUUGAGGAAACUGUGCUGGAACAUCCUGUUACCAUCUCACAAGGAUGGAGAUGUCUAUGCAGAACCCUCAAGCUCUAGAGGUUUGAUUUGUGAGCUCACUUGCAAAGACCUGUGCAGAAACACUUCCAUGGCCACGGAAUGAGGUUGGACAGAAGCAGAGGAGAGUGUCUGAUCCUGUUUGUGACGUUGUCCAUCUUUGUUUUAGCUCAUGAUGUUCUGUGAAUGCACACAUGGCAGUUACUGCUUGCUCCACUGUUGUGAAAAAGUAUUUUCAGUUGAAAAUUUUGUUGAAUAAAAAUUGAAAAGUCUUUUUAAAAA